AUGCUAGGAGACAACCCAGGAUUUCAAGAGAUUCGAGAAAUGAUAGUUGGCCAGGACAAGUCAUGGCCACCGCCAGUAUUCACCCACGGUGACCUGAAUCCAUUCAACAUCAUGCUCCGAGGAGAUCGAGUCGUUGGCCUGAUCGACUGGGAAUGUGCCGGAUGGUACCCAUAUUACUGGGAGUAUACCGCGGUAUGGCUCGGUAGUGCGGCGAGGACAAGCUGGCGGGAUGAUGUUGAUUCGUUCCUUGAGCCCUUCCCCGACGAGCUGAAGAUGGAGACUACGCCUCAGAGAUGGUGGGGAGAAUUCUUAGUGAGUGAGCGGUUUCAGAUAGAGAGCAAGCUGAGACAAAUCGAGCUGGAAAUGAGCGUGAUCUCAUAG